AUGGCCUUCGAGCUCGAGUACCGCUAUACUUUCCUAAGCGUGAAGGAGGAAGCCGAGGAGUCGGAGUCUGGCAGAGCGCGAGCUCGCAGCUCUCCACCCGGCAGAGCGCGGAGCGUCGUCACCGCAGAGACUGCAGAAGAGGAGAGCUCAAUGAGAACCUACCUAUGCAGCCUUGCUCAAACUGCUGCCGAUUUCAGGCAAGGUCGACAGGAGCCCGAAUUGGCAGAGCCGGAAAACACGCCUCCUAAAGGCCCAGUGUUGGCGCCGGAGUUGCGGCAGCUGGUUCCAAGUUGGGGUAGUUUGGGUCAUCCGGAAGCGUGUCGCCGGCCAUGCAUAUUCUUCAUUUCGGGACAUUGUGCCAAUGGACAGGACUGUGACUACUGCCAUAUGGAGCACGUGGAGAAGAUGCCGAAACUCGAUAAGAAGCAGCGCGCGAUGGUGCAGCAGUGCACCCAAGCUCAGCUUCUGAAUUUGUUUGUUCCGCUAUGCCGUGGCAGGGCUGAGCGCUUCGGCUUUCUCAAGGAAGCAGCUGAGAUCCUCAAGUUGAUGGAGGAGUCAAGCACUACGACGCAACUGCCUGAAUCUUUAUCGUCUCGAGAGUUCCGCAAUUUGCGCAAAGCUCUGGGCAAAAUGAGCUUUGUCAGCUUGGUUGGCGUGCUGAUCACACACCAGUCUCACAAUGGCCGAGAUGUAAAUCUUGCCACUCAACUGGUGAAUUCACUGGACAUCCUUCGAGAGCAGUUGCUCACGUCCUGCCAGCUUUUGUGGAAAAUUGUGGCGCCAGCACCUCAGCCACAGAGUUUUGCAGAUUUUCUUAGAAGCAGUGUUGCUGAACGGGCGAGCCCUCGGUUGCCCAUCCGAUAA